AUGUCGGAUCACACCCUUCGCGAAUCCACGGCGAUACCGACGCUCUCCGAUGCGCCUUCGUCGAGCGCCGGUCGCUCAUCCCCUAGCCACGGGGCCGAGCAGACUCAGCCGACCCACGAGGCCAUCUCAGAUGAGCUGAAAGCCCGCCUGGAUAAAGUUCUCUACUCAGAUGAUUUUUCAACCUUCCUGAAAAAACGUGGGUCCCUUGAAGAAGAGCACGCUCAGGGGCUAAGAAAACUGUCCCGCGUAAUCAGCGAUGCGUCACAACGCUCCGAGAACCGACAAGGAACAUACAGUUCUAGCUACAAGGACAUCCACCGAAUCCAGGAGCGAAUGGUCGACCAUGGCCUCCAAUUCGCCGUCUCCCUCCACCAGAUGUCCGAUGAUCUGCAUGAGCUCGCCGCCAACAUUGAGCGCGGCCGCAAGCAAUGGAAACAGACCGGCUUAGCUGCGGAGAAGAAGGUCGUCGAUGCAGAAUCGCUGGCGGAGAAGGCAAAGGCUAAGUACGAGUCACUGGCGGAGCAGUAUGACCGUGUUCGCACGGGAGACAAGCAGGGCGGAAAGUUCGGUCUUAAGGGCCACAAGUCUGCGGCGCAGCACGAGGAGGAGUUGUUGCGCAAGGUCCAGAACGCGGAUACCGACUAUGGGUCUAAAGUUCAGGCUGCUCAGGCGGCGCGCCAGGAACUGGUGUCUACCCACCGACCUCAGGCUGUACACAAUCUUCAGCAGUUAAUAGCCGAGUGCGACUCGGGAUUGACCCUGCAACAGCAGAAGUUUGCUACUUUCAACGAGAAACUGCUACUAGGCCAAGGUCUCUGCGUCAACCCUCUGAAGACCGAUGGGGCAUCAGGACCUAAGAGCCUUGCCGAUGUUAUUCGCCAAGUUGAUAAUCAGAGAGAUCUCCACGAGUUUAUUUUAAGCCACGAAGGCAAUCCUGGGGCCGUGGCGUCAGAACAGGUCAAAUAUGAGCGCCACCCUACACUAGGUGGUGCCGGGGCUGUUUCUUCUACUUCUGCUUCUGCGGCACCUUCGCAUCCAAGCACCCAAAAUAAGCCGCUUCAACCUCCGCAAAGCGGUGACCGAUUACCGCAACCACCUUAUCCCGCUGAGAACACCUUCACUCCGCCCCCAGCCAGCACACCUCUCUACCUUGUCUCAGGACCGCCUGCUCCGGAACCCGCACCUAAGAUCCCGCUCCCAAUAGCAGGACCUCCCCCAGUGGACAGGAAUUUGCAAUCAAAUCUCCCUCCGCUGAGGCCAGUGUUCGGUGUUUCGCUAAACGACCUGUACGCCCGGGAUGGAACAGCAGUUCCUUUCAUUGUGUACCAGUGCUUCCAAGCGGUUGAAUUGUUCGGUCUGGAUGUGGAGGGCAUCUAUCGACUCUCCGGUAGUGCCAACCACAUCAGUCACAUGAAAGCAUUGUUCGACAAUGACUCAUCGCAAGUCGACUUCACAAACCCGGAGAGUUUUUACCAUGAUGUCAACAGCGUUGCAGGACUUGUGAAGCAAUUCUUCCGAGACCUACCUGAUCCUCUGUUCACCACUCAGUUCUACCAACAGUUUGUUGAUGCUGCUCGCUUCGACGAUGACAUCCAGCGCCGAGACUCGAUGCAUGCCCUGAUUAAUAGUUUGCCUGAUGCCCACUAUGCCACUCUGCGGGCCAUCAUUUUGCAUCUCAAUAAGAUCCAAGAACACUAUACCCAGAACCGCAUGAACGCGGGAAAUCUGGCCAUUUGUUUCGGACCAACCCUCUUGGGCGCCAAUUCCGGUGGCAGCAUCGCCGACGCUGGGUGGCAAGUUCGUGUCAUCGAGACGAUCCUGAAUAACACAUUCCAGAUCUUCGACGAUGACUGA